GAGCAAAAUUAUGACCCCAGUGUUUUGGUUUCAGAACAGAAGUUGCAGGAUUCCAAUUCGAGAUUUAAAAAGUUGCAGAGAUUCAGUGAAAAUCAAAAGCACCAACUCGAAGAAUCUCAACGAAAUGUGUCACAAUCAGAAGAGGAAAAGCUUAAAGCCAUAAGUGAGUGCAAGGCAGCCAACGAGAGAUUGGAUAAGCUACAUUUGGAAUUGGCCUUUAUGGAAAGGAGUCUGGAAGAGGAAAAGGAGAGUAAACGCUCACUUCUCAAUUACAAAGAUCAAGAAAUAAAUCAGUCAAAAGAUACGAUCGAACAGGUUACGGUUUUACGUUCACAGUAUCAACAGCAAAUAUACGACUUACAAAAUGAACUGCAAUCCAUAAAAAUGAACGAAUAUCAGUUGAAGAAUAAAUUGACGAUAUCAGAUGCAGAGAUAGAGUCUCUUAAAGCCCAAAUAACUUCAAUGGAAAGUGAAGUGAAGCAAUGGCAAAAUGUGGCCAAAAGCACAUCUGAUAGUAAGAAUAAGGAGAUACAUUCUCUAAACUCCAAGGUUGAGAGCUUGUCGAUAGAGCUUGAAGAGGUUCGACAGCGAUCAUCGAAUUUUGAGAAGUCUUAUAAGGAACAGGUUAUAAUUGCGCAAAGGGCAGUAAUAGAAAAAGACGACAGAGAGAGAUAUCAUGGUGAUUUGAUUGAGAAAUUAAUGAAUGAAGGGAAAUCUUUGAAAAAUUUAAGUGAGAUAUAUGAGAAACGACAGGAGGAGGACACGCAAACUAUCCUGCGAUUAGAAACGGAAAUUUCCACGGUUAAAACAUCCCUGGCCGAAGCUACAUCGCAGAACGGUCAGUUGUAUGAAGAAAUUCAAAAUCUGAAAGAAGAGAUCUCGAAGCUCGAGGAAGAGAAAAAAAGUUUAAGUCAAUUAUCAUCAGUCAUGUCGGCUUCUCCAAGCAGCGCUGUCGAGAAAGCAUUGCAAAAGAAAGGGCAAUCCAUAAUUCAAAUGUAUUCCGACUACAAAAAUAUUCAGGAACAGCUUAUUCUAGAACAAAAGAGAAGUCGUGAACUCUCUGAAGCAUUGACUACCUUCAAGUUCGAACUCGAAAAUUAUGCUCCUCAAAUUCAACAGAGGAACGACGAGUACAAUCAAUUACUGGAAGAAAAUUACUCUCUCGUGGAACAAUUAAAGCUGAGUCAAUCCGAAAUGCAACGUCUUACUCAAAUUAAGGAGAACGUGGAGUCGGAAAAUGCGGAAUUGAUUGAUCGCAAUGACAAAUUGCAGAGCGAAAAGGAAAUAUAUAUGGAUCAUAAUGCGUCCCUAAUGCGCCAAAUUGAAGAGCUUCGAAAGGGCGGACCUAGCUCACCUGUGAUUAGUGCUGUCGACGCCGAUGGAACGAUUCCACGCGACAUUGAUGGUCUAUAUAGACUUAGCUUCAAUUUGAAAUCGGAAAAGAAUGUUUUGUUCAAAAAGAACAAAGCGCUCGAAAACGAGAUAGGCACGCUAAGAGAAAAAUUGGUUCAGAAAGAUUCAGAAUACAAGAACGCUGCUCAGGAGAUUUCUCGUCUUCAACUACGUCAGAGGCAGUUGCAUACACAAAUUGAACAAGAAAAACGUUCGCUUCAAGGAAGGUCUCUUCUGAGCAGCCUGAGUGACCAAGGUAGUCCCUCCAGGUUAUCUUCUUCGAUGCUUCAAAUGUCCACCGGCAUUCAGUCUGAUGAAAAACUUCAGGCCGAAUAUCAAGAUGUAAAGAAUCGUCUCGAGAUUGCAUUGGAAGAGAUGAAGGUUCGCGACAAAGAUCUUCAAAAAGUAAAUUUGGAGAUGACCUCACUACGCUUCGAGAAGACACAGCUUUCUCAUGACGUUAAACACUGGGAAGACCGAUACCAAGUUCUUCAGAAGCAUUAUGACAUGAGAAACGAAGAAAUUCAAAAUAUGAAACAAAUAUUGCGCCAGACUCAACUACUAAAUGAGCAAAUGGAAAAGCAAAUGAUUAUGUCCGAAGAAGGUAAAUCUGCCUUAAACUCUGAGCUCACGAAUGCGAAGAAUGAGCUUAAUAUUCGCCAAACCAAAUGGGAAGAAAUACAAGCCAAUUUCAAUAAGGAGAUGGAAAAUCUCUUGGCAGCUAAGGAAAAAGCUGAAUUAGCUGCACGAGAAUCUCAAUAUUUAUCAGGAGAUAAGCAACGACUUGAACGUGAGCUCGAAGAAACCAAGGAAAAGAUGAUAUCUGCUCAGACGAGGAGUGAGAACUUGCAAGAGCAGUUUAACGAUAUGAGCACGAAAUAUUCCUCAUUGUUAACGAAAACUGCUGAAGAACGCGCAAAGCUUAUUGAAACAAACAGCACUCUGCAGAAGUCGGUCAAUGAUUUGUCAGAAGAGAAGCGAAACCUCUCUGAAACAAUAGAGGCUAAAAUUAAAGAGAUCCAGCAGUGCAAAGAACAGCUCGCGUUAUUUGACUCGAGUGAUCAAGGAGCAAGAAUCUCGCAGCUAAAGACCGAACUGGAAAAUAUCGAAAAAGAAAAUUCUCGACUUCUCGAAGAUAGUAAAACAUACAAAGAGCUGUACGAAAAAUACCAAGCCGAUCUUGAUAAUAGUAAUCGCUUGUAUUUUGAACUUAAGUCCGCCACUGAUGCUGAGCGUGAAGAAAAGAUGACCUCAAUUAAGGAGCUUCAAGAUGAGCUUCAGCAACUUAAAGAGAAGAAUGAUGAGCUGACCAAUAAAACUCGAGAUCUAACUGUUGCUCACGAUGAGUUGGUCAGAAUAAAACAGUCACUGGACGAAACCAUUGCUAAUAAUGAUGCUCAAGAGCAACGCUUGCGAGAGGAGAUGAAAAGACAAGAACAAAUGCUGGAGGAUGCACAAACCAACUACAACCGUGAGUUGGUUGCUCAUGCUGCUGUCGUGCAACAAUCCCACGAGCUCAAUGAGAAAUACAUUCAGUUAAAUACCGAGCUUGAACAACUCAAGAACCAGUUAAAGAACACCGAAUCGACUUUGAAAAAUGAAAAAGAACAAUUCGAGAAAGACCUGGCAGACGUUCAGAAUCGUUGUAACGAACUCGAGAGCGAGAACAAAGUUCUUCACGGGUAUAUCGACACUAACUCUUCGGAGAAGACACCUCAGGACGAAAUAAUUUCACUCUUGCGGCGUGAAAAAGAGAAACUGGCGGCCCAGAAAGAAAUUUUCUCACAACAAGCUGAAAGAUUUAAGGCUCAAUUUGAACAAACCCAAAAGUCAUUGGAUGAAACCCGAGAAUUACUAGCUCAGGAACGCGAGCGCGCAAAGGAUUCUGAAUCAUUCGAGAAACAGCAGGCUGAACUCCUCGAGAAACGUAUUCAAAUGAAGAUUCUUGAUGAAAGCAAUCAAACUCUAAGAGCAGAGAGAGAAAAGUUAGAACAGAAAGCUACCACUUUGCAAUCAUCGAUAAAAACCAACGAAGAGCGUAUACAGGCUCUUGAGGCUCAAACUCGGAUUCUAAACCUUGACCGGGAAAGUGCUCUCCAGGAGGUGAAAAUUCUUCAGGAAGAUAACGAACGAUGGAAAAAUCGUUUCCAAGCGAUCUUGCAAAAAUAUGGAAUCAGCGACCCUGCUGAAUUGCAAGAUUUGAAGGAGAACCUGAAAAAUGCCUCCGAAGAAAGGGAUAAACUUAGGACAGAGGUUGUUAAAUUAAAGAAACAGUUCGAUAAUGCAAGAGUUGCAGCGGGCAAAUUUAGGGCCGAGUGGCAAAACAUCAAGGCCAAGAUGGAACAGAUUGAAAAGGAGAAGUCUCAACUGACGCAGGAAAACCUUAGGUUAGAAAAGGAGAAAGAACAGAUCACUCAGGAACUACAGACGGAAAAGUCGAAUAACGAAAAGAUUAAAAAACAUUACGCGAACAUCGCCAAGAGCAAUGCACAAAAGCAAGCCCAAUCAUCAGAAGAAAUCAUGAAGAAAUUGACAGAAUCUCAAAGUCAAAAUCAGGAUCUCGCGAAGGAAUUAGAGGCGUCGAAAAAUCAAUAUCAAGAAGUGCAUCAGCAACUCGAGGAAUCUAAGAAGGAGUUGAAAGAAGAAAAGGAAAGAACGAUAAUGCGAUUCAAGGCGCAAGAAUCGAUGUAUUCGGGAAAGAUGAGACGUUUGGAAACGGAAAAUACUGACCUGAAAGGUCAAAUUCAACAGUUGCAGAAAUCUGAGGAAGCAAGGAAAUCAUCUGAAGGAGUUCCUGAGGUGGCGCCCGCUGUCGAAACAACAACAUCAAUAAGUCUCCCAACACCCGAAGUUUCGACCGCUAUACCUCAGAUUGCCGUAAAAUCACCCGUUCUAAAAGUUUCCGAUUCAAUACCCAAAGUACCUGCUAAGGCCGAAACACCCGUUUUACGAUCAUCAGAGUCAGAAAAUUCGGAAAAUGUUACACAACCGAUAAAUAUGUCGUCGACCAAUACUGCGAAAGAGAAAGAAACACCCAAAUCGCCUUCUAAUCAUCCUGUUUCUGAUAAAUCGGAUGCUUCUCAAGCCGCUCAAUCGGUAAAUAUUGAUGAUGGAAUGACAAGUGUAGCAACAUUGUCAGCUACGGCAACAUCAGGUACAUCAACGCCGACAGGUACGAUAGCAACGGCGGGCGCAGGAACAACUAGUACAACUAGUACAGCAGCAAUAACUGAUACAGCAACAACAUCAACUGGUAAUCUAACGACAGCUGUUCCCAAGCCUGCGAUUACAGCCUCUGCCACAUCAUCUAAUGUUCCACGUGAAAAACCGCCAGUUAAGUUGCAGAGGAAUCGAGGGUUAUUACCGCAGCCAACAUCCCCCCAUGCGACACCGUAUCAAAGCCCAUCCAUUACAGUAGUGGAGGAACAAAAAUCGAAUCAAACUCAAGUUAUCUCGGGAGCAACAGAAAUAAUUAAAAGAGAAGAGGCCGUAGUGGAAACGAAACAAACUACCGGAUCAGAGGUACCUCUGACGCGAAAACGCAAUAGAGAGGAAAGUAUGGAGGAACAGGAGAAUACAACUCAAGAAGAAUCGAUUGUAAAAUCAUCUGAUGAAGGUCCAACGGAGAUGCAUGUGGAUGAAGUAAUAAAAGUGGAACCGACGGAACAAUCCUCGGAAUCUGUCGAAAUUGCAGAGGAAGGUUCUAAAACACCGCAGAGCGUACCAGAAUCCAACAACAUGCCACCACUCAAAAAAGCUAAAAUCGAAGAUGACGCAUAG